AUGUCAAAAGAAAGCGGCCAUCAGAGGACUGGUGGACCUCCACCGUUACCACCUCGGCAGGUGUCUGGCGCAAACCUCAUGAGAUCCGAGUACUUUGAAGACGACGACUUGCCUCCGCCAUCUUACGAAUCUGUCGAGGUCAACACAGUCAUUGCUUCCUUCACCGUCAGAUGA